ACGGUGAGAGCAAGUCGUUUUUGCCAAAAGUGCAAGAAAUUCACAGAAAUAAUUUGUAAAAAUCAGUAGUUCACGAUAGUACAUCGAAAUUAUUCAAAAAAGGGCGCACAUGAAAAGUGAGCAGGUCAAAAAAUAUAGUGAAUGAUUUUCACUUUCGUGUGACGUUAUAUAAAUUUUCUGCAAAGAAGGUCUACGGAUUUUAACAAAGUGUUUUCAGUAGGGUUAAAGAAAAUUCAAAAAACGUUACAGUGAAUAUGUUUUCCGGAUUAACUAAUCAAGUCAGCUCAUGGAUCGGAGCGGCUAAAGGUGAACCUCAGGAUGAAGAGGUUCCAACACCUCCGAACUCUGCAGCCACAGCAACAACAGCCUCGGCUCCUGCUGCGGCUUCGGACACAGCACCAGUUCCCACGGGAGAUGAAGGUGACAAAAGCCCAACAAAAACUGGUGUAUUCUCAGGAGUGUCGUCAAAGGUAACAGGUUGGCUCGGAAAUGCAUCUAUACCUUCAAUGCCAGCAAUGCCAUCCAUGCCAACGGUUUCAAUGCCAGCAAUGCCUGCCAUGCCUUCUAUGCCAUCCAUACCAGGUUUACGGAAGGGUAACCAAACAGACGAAAAUGGAGGCAUUGCUAAUGAAGGCCUGGCCACAUCGCCCGAUAAGACGAAUCAAGGUACCACUGGUAUGACGGACGCUGCCGAUGAGGAAGACCGGUCCAGGUAUAUUAGUGCUACAGGCGGGGCAGAUUCUCGUCCUGCAACCGGUCCAGGAACGCCAACGGAAGAAAACGCCGGGCAAAUCGGACAAGUCACCCACAAAGUGACAGCAGGAGCCAAAUCGAUUGGCUCUUUUCUGUAUUCAUCAUUCAACAAAGCUGGAGACAAAAUUAAACACUUGAAGGAUAAUACUAUUCUAGGUGAAUUUAAUAAAGAACAGGAAGCAUUUAUCAAGAAUCAGCAGGGUUCCGGUGAACCGGGCGCAUGUCCUUGGACUGGUCAUGCAAAUGAGGCCAAAAUCAAGGAGGAAAUUCUUAGUCUUUCUGCGGAUCGUCGGAACUUCGUCCGUGCGCCGCCAGCUGGAGUUGAGUUUGAAUUUGACUAUGAUCGUUUGUACCCAGUCGCACUUGCCAUUAUGAAUGAGGACAAGGAACUAGAAAAAAUGCGAUUUGAGUUGGUACCUAAAAUCAUAACGGAAGAAAACUUUUGGCGCAACUAUUUCUACCGUGUCUCACUGAUAUGUCAAGCUGGAGACUUAGGCACGCUGGGCGACAACAAUGAAUUUGUUAGGCGAGGAGCUAGCGAAGAUACGGAGGAAUCAGUAACAAGUCAAAAAAGGCCUACAAUAUCUGCAGCAGUUGGUAGCAGCAGCGAAAAAUCAGCAGUGGUAAAAGAUGCAACCGAGUUUGUCUCAGAUUCAUUCAAAACUACAAAAGCUGACCUUGAAGAGGUACAAGAAAGUAUUAAAAAACUAGGCAUCGACACCCUCGCUAAGCAAGCGAAUGAAAGCAUCAGUCACUGCAGAACCGAGAAAGGUGGUGAGUCAACUGUAGAAGAGCAAUGGGAGAAGGAUCUGGAAGCGGAAUUACAGGAUUACGAAGUAGUGAAUGAUGGAACGGACCGUACUAAUUGGGAAAAGGAUGUCGACGAGCUGUUAGAUGAUGAAACCGAUUUAAAAUAAAACGAAUGUUUCAAUCAGUUGCUUUGUAACGUGAUGAACUGCACUGUAAAUAAAUGAAAGCGUAAUAUUUAAUUAAUACGAUAUUUAAGUAAACUUAGUUAAUGAUUAUUUUUUUCUCAUGACUGCAAGAUUAUGAUUUAAGAUUAUUUGUUUUUAAUCAAAGAAAAAAAAUCAUUUUGGGUUUCGAUUACAAUUUUUUUGAUUUUCUUGAUUAAUUUUUGUUUAUUUUAUCGCUUAUUCAGGAAAAUACAUCAUCUUACAAAGUAAUUGAGGUGCGAGUCAUAAACAGGAACGGCCACUCGGCAAGAUAAAAUAGUUAUCAAUGUACAUUGAUGUGCAAAACAACAUGAAGUCUAGUAUCCAACUCCUAAAAACAAUGAUAAUAUGAUACCAAUUCUGUUUCAGUCAUUUUAUGAAGUAUAUCUGUGCUAUACAAAUCAUAAAAAAUAGCUUACUUCAGUCCUCGCAGUCAACCGAUAAAUCGAAGGCCAUUUCUCCCAAGUAGCUUAAGCAAGUAUGUACUGUUUGUGAGCUACAUAAAAUUGCCGAAAGAAACCGUAGGUAAAAAACUGGUCAUAAGAUCCUUUAAAACCCACAAAACUGGAAAGAAAAAUAAAAUUACAUUUUCCUAAACUAAAAUUAUCAAUAUAUUUGAGAAUGGAAAACCAAUACAAAUAAAAAAUCCUAACAAACCCUCAAUGUGAAUUAAAAAGUACUGGACAGAAAUAUUGUAUGUAUAAAUUGCUCUAUGAAUAUCCAUUGCAGGUUAUUUUCGAGAACUAGACUAUCGUGUACGUUUAUCACAGUUACUGUUUUCAUAACGCCAAUAAACAAUCAAAAGUUCGUUAAAAGUUAUUGGCGUUAAACUGAAUAUCUUCAUUUCAAUUAUCUUCAUCUAUUGUAUCAUAUUUCGUAAUAUUUGAUCAAUUACCAAUUGUUGUUUUUGUUUUUCUUCGAUGCAUUUAUUUUCUGCUAUAUUAAAAUAUUACGUAUAACUUCAGAAUCUUCCAGUACAUCCAUUUAGUUUCAACCUAUGGAAGUUUAAAAGGAGUUUUUCGAAUCGAUCAUAUUUGCUUUAACUAAAAGAAAAUUAUACAAACAAACCCAGAUAUCAACUAUUUAAGAGAUAACAUCGCAUCCUAAAAAGAAUCUACGUGACAGACAAGAAAAUGUUUUUCCAUUUCAUAUAAUUCCGGUUUACAGUAAAAAUAAAAAACGCUGCAUGAAAUGUAUUGAAAAAAUAUUAUUGCCUCUUGAAAGAGUGAAAAUGAAAAUAUAACAGCUUAAUUAGAUUGGCAAAUAUGAUGGUAUAAUGCUAACCAAAACUAAGCCAGGGUAGUAUUAUAAACAUUCAAAAUCAAGUUUUCUGUUACGCCUUGAACAUUCUUCGUAUUCCGACAGCCGAGAAAAAAGACGGUACACCAAUAAUUUUAAUCUACAUUUCCUUUGAAACUGUCAAUACGAUUAUUUAAUACGUUUGAAAUGAAAUAUAUACAUAUUACGAUAUACUACCGAAUAUUGAGCAUAGCUAUGUGUAAGGAAUCCAGUAAUAACAGAAAAUAAAUAAAACAGAGGGAUAUUGUGAAU